AUGGUCCUGCAAUGCGCCACGACCCAAGCAAAAUACAUGGCUCUGCACUGCGCCACUCAAGUGCGCAUCAACCUAGCACGCGUUAAGUACCCCAACGCGCAGAAGAAGCUCUCCGGCAGCCGCGUCAAGACGGACUGGGACAAGCGCGACAGCUACUCCAAGCGGCAGCAGGAGCGCUCAUACCAGCAAGAUCGCACCCAGUGA